GACAAAUUAGUCAAGUGUGACAUCCGUCAUAAAAAUGGCUGCGCUUAGAGUAUUUAGUCGUAAUAUACCUUAUUUACGACAACAAUUUUCAGCAUUACUAGGAAACACUUCGCCUUCAGUCAAAUUUAUUUGUGUUGUAGUAGUAAUAGGUUAUAUUUUGUCAUUUUCUGAAGAUGUUGUGGACGUUCUUAGUGUUACGCCAGGAUAUCUGUUACCUCCUUCUUUUCAAUUGUGGUCCACUUUCACAUUCUGGUUUCUCGAAAUACAUUUGUGGGAGGUGAUCAUUGAUAUCAUAACGGUUGGUUUAUGUGGGAAAUUAAUAGAGCCCCUAUGGGGCCAAAUGGAGAUGAUGAAGUUCUUUUUCCUAACGAACAUUGGAGUUGCAUUUUUAACAACAUUUUAUUACUUGGUGAUAUAUUCUUGGACUCAAGAUACAUCAUUGCUAUUCGAUAUACACGUGCAUGGCCUUGCGGGCUAUCUCGCUGCUGUGAGUGUGGCUGUGAAACAAAUAAUGCCGGAUCACCUUUUAAUAAAAACACCAUUGGGAAAACUUACAAAUAGAUCCUUGCCACUGCUAAUUCUAAUAGCAGCUAUAUUACUCUGGGCUGUUGGUGCCUUAGAAGGUACUUAUCCUUGUAUGUGGGGCAGUGGGACUCUACUAUCAUGGAUUUACCUGAGAUUUUUGCAACGCCAUAGCAGUGGUACAAGAGGAGAUAUGGCUGAAAAUUUUAGUUUUGAUAAUUUCUUCCCAACAGUUUUACAACCUAUAGUGCGAGGUAUUCUUCGUCCAGGACAUCGUUGCUGUGUUCGUAUAGGGCUAUGUUCACCGAGUACACGUCGAGUGCAUCUUGCACUGAGUAAUCGUGGUGUUGGUGUAAUAAUACCUGGUGUUGAACCGCAGGAUAUGGAGCGGCGACGCCAAAUUGCACUUAAAGCUUUAAGUGAGAGAUUAUCCAAGACAUCAGAACAGACUAGACAGAAGAACUUAUCAACGAAAGUUAACAUGGAGGCAGUGAGAAAAAUGCAGUCUUCUCAUGUGAUUCCGCAGUUCCCUACUGAAACAGAGACUAGCCAGCCAGCAGCUCCAGCAGAGACUACUCUAAUUGACAUAAGUGCCGACCCGUCACCUCCCACAACGAAAACAUCAUGAUUAUAGUCAUUAGCACUGUUAAGACUGUUCACAGUUCAGUGUAGGAACCUAAGAUGUGUGAUCUUUACAAUACACGUAUAUUUUAAGAUUACAUCACAAAUUGUAA